UUCCGGCGCGGCCCGGCGACCUCCGCGGGGCCAGGCGGGCGGAGAGCCAGGCCCGCGGGGGCGGCGGCCACGCUCCGGCCGCGCUCGCGUGCAGCCCCCAGCCCCGCGCCCCGGCCCCGCGCCGCCAUGGGCAAGAAGCACAAGAAGCACAAGACCGAGUGGCGCUCGUCCUACGAGGAUUACACGGACAAGCCCUUGGAGAAGCCCCUGAAGCUGGUCCUCAAGGUCGGAGGAAGUGAAGUGACGGAGCUGUCGGGGUCUGGGCACGACUCCAGUUAUUACGAUGACAGGUCAGACCACGAGCGAGAGCGCCAUAAAGAAAAGAAGAAGAAGAAGAAGAAGAAAUCCGAGAAGGAGAAGCACCUUGACGACGAGGAAAGAAGGAAGAGAAAGGAAGAGAAGAAGCGGAAGCGGGAAAAGGAGCAUGGCGACUCGGAGGGGGAGGCCGACGACUUCGAUCCCGGCAAGAAGGUGGAGGUGGAGCCGCCGCCCGACAGGCCCGUGCGAGCGUGCCGGACGCAGCCAGCUGAGAACGAGAGUACGCCUAUUCAGCAAUUACUGGAGCAUUUUCUCCGCCAGCUCCAGAGAAAAGAUCCUCAUGGAUUUUUUGCUUUUCCUGUCACGGAUGCAAUUGCUCCUGGAUAUUCUAUGAUAAUAAAACAUCCCAUGGACUUUGGCACAAUGAAAGACAAGAUCGUGGCCAAUGAGUACAAGUCAGUCACAGAAUUUAAGGCAGAUUUCAAACUGAUGUGUGAUAACGCGAUGACCUACAACAGACCGGACACUGUGUACUACAAGUUAGCCAAGAAGAUCCUUCAUGCAGGCUUUAAGAUGAUGAGCAAAGAGCGGCUGUUAGCUUUGAAGCGCAGCAUGUCGUUUAUGCAGGACAUGGAUUUUUCUCAGCAGGCAGCUCUCUUGGGCAACGCAGACACAGCUGUUGAGGAACCUGUUCCCGAAGUGGCACCUGUACAGGUGGAAACUGCCAAGAAAUCGAAAAGGCCGAGUAGAGAAGUCAUCAGCUGCAUGUUCGAGCCGGAAGGAAACGCCUGCAGCCUGACGGACAGCACGGCAGAGGAGCACGUGCUGGCCUUGGUGGAGCACGCGGCUGACGAGGCCCGGGACAGGGUCAACCGGCUCCUCCCAGGGGGCAAGAUGGGCUAUCUGAAGAAGAAUAGCGAUGGCAGCCUGCUCUACAGCGUGGUCAACACAGCCGAGCCGGAUGCCGACGAGGAGGAGUCCCACCCGGUGGACUUGAGUUCGCUGUCCAGCAAGCUGCUCCCCGGCUUUACCACACUGGGCUUCAAAGACGAGAGAAGGGGCAAAGUCACGUUUCUCUCCAGCGCCACCACUGCGCUUUCCACGCACAACAAUUCCGUGUUUGGCGACUUGAAGUCGGAUGAGUCGGAGCUGCUGUAUUCCGCCUACGGGGAUGAGACGGGUGUGCAGUGUGCGCUGAGCCUGCAGGAGUUUGUGAAGGAUGCUGGGAUCUACAGCAAGAAGAUGGUGGACGACCUCCUGGACCAGAUCACCGGCGGGGACCACUCGCGGAUGCUCUUCCAGCUGAAGCAGAGGAGAAAUGUUCCUGUGAAGCCUCCAGACGAAGCGAAGGCUGGGGACUCGCUUGGUGACGGCAGCUCCGUCCUGGACUUCAUGUCGACGAAGUCCUACUCCGACACCUCCCUGGACAUCUCUGUGCUCAGCUCUCUAGGGAAAGUGAAGAAGGAGCUUGACGCCGACGACAGCCACCUGAGCCUGGACGAGACGGCGAAGCUCCUGCGAGACCUGCAGGAGGCCCAGGCGGAGCGCGGGGGCUCCCGGCCGCCCUCCAACCUCAGCUCCCUGUCCAACCCCUCCCCCUCCGACAGGGACCCGCACCACCCGGGAAGUCCUUCUCGCCUCAGCGUUGGGGAGCAGCCAGAGGUGACCCACGACCCGUACGAAUUUCUUCAGUCCCCAGAACCCGCAGCCUCUGCGAAGAGCUAGCCUCGGAGACAGACUUCCGUUAGUUUUUUAUUUUUUUAUUUCCAUGUACAGAGUGUUUGUCGUGAGACAGAGACUUUCAUCUUGUCCCCUCUGGCGUGCGGGAAGCAGCCCCGGGAGGUGGGGAGGCGUCUCUGGCCUCACGUCAGCCACGUGCGGCUGUGGGCAGCCUCGUGAAUCCUGGACAGUGGACAGUCCACUCCAGGUGUGUGACCAGGUGGGGCCGAGCUGCUGUGCGUGGUCUCUGCGGGUGGAGGGGUCUGUAAAGCUCCCCGCUGCGGCAGGCCCGGGGACCGUCCUCUCCCAGCGCCCUCCCCUAGCGCCCCUUGGGACGCAAGAGAUGCCUGUGCUGGGGGUCCCGCGUGUCCUUUGCCCUGCCUGCCCAUGUCCCCGCAUUUCCGAAGCAGGUCACAGGCCGCACCCUUCUGGCCUGGGACAGGCUCUGUGCCAGGCGGGGCCUGCCUUCUGCUGGGAGAUGACACUGCCCCUGGCCACGGUGAUGUGCCGUGUCCGUAUACUUUUUUAAUCUGAAUGUGUUUACUGGAUACCUGUUUACAUUUUCAAAACACAGAGAUCUCAAUAAAAUACACAAAACGAUUGCGUAUUAUUGUUUACAGUA